UUAGAAACCAGCUAAGCUAUUGUUGCAGAAAUCGCACGCGCGAUCAUCAUAUCGAGAACCGAGGACGACGACGACGACCUACUACGAUGGCCCGGCCGUGCCUCCUCCCCUUCCUGGUCGCCGCCGCGGCGGUGCUCAUCACGUGGGCGCCCGGCGGCGCGCUCGGCAAGUCGAAGUUCGCCAAGAAAAGCGACGACGUCGUGAACGGGCCCCUGCUGACGGACAAGAUCAAGGCGAAGAAGACGCUGAUCGUUGGGCCCGACGAGGAGUUCAAGACGGUGCAGUCCGCCAUCGACGCCGUGCCCGCCGGCAACACCGAGUGGAUCAUCGUCCACCUGCGCUCAGGCCUGCACAGGGGCAAAGUUAUUAUACCGGAGAACAAGCCCUUCAUCUUCGUGAGGGGUAACGGCAAAGGCCGGACCUCCAUCUCCCACGAGUCCGCCUCUUCCGACAACGCUGAGUCCGCUGCCUUCACCGUCAGCGCGGACAACGUCGUCGUCUUCGGCGUCAGCUUCAGGAACAGCGCCCGCGUGGGUCUGGUGAACGACCCGGAGAUCCGUUCGGUGGCAGCCAUGGUGGAAGGAGACAAGGUGGCCUUCUACCACUGCGCGUUCUACAGCCCCCACCACACCCUCUUCGACAGCGCCGGCCGCCACUACUACGAGAGCUGCUACAUCCAGGGCAACAUCGACUUCAUCUUCGGCAACGGCCAGUCCAUGUUCCAGUGCCCGGAGAUCUUCGUCAAGCCUGACCGGCGGACGGAGAUCCGGGGCUCCAUCACCGCGCAGGUGCGCGAGGAAGAGGACACCACCGGCUUCGUCUUCCUCAAGGGCAAAGUCUACGGCGUCGGCGAGGUGUACCUGGGCCGCGUCACCGCGCCGGACUCGCGCGUCAUCUUCUCCGACACCUACCUCUCCAGGACCGUCAACGCCGCCGGGUGGACCACCAUAGGCUACACCGGCAGCACCGACAAGGUGAUGCUCGCGGAGUUCAACUGCACCGGGCCGGGCGCUGACGUUACGAAUCGCGUGCCAUGGUCGCGGCGCUUCUCUCAGAACGACGCGGCCAAGUACCUGACCAUCGACUUCAUCAACGGCAAGGAAUGGCUGCCGGCGUACUACUACUGAUCCCACAGCUGGAUCGGACAUGCAUCUUGCAUUUGUGUAUGUUGCCGUGUGUUCGGCCGAGACCCUUCUUGCGCGCUGCUGCUCUCGAGUAGUAGUGUAACCCGUGUAACGCCAAAUUAUUCUGAUUGAUCGAUGACACACACACACACACACACUGAACGAUGAUCCUUUUCUUGCCAUACGACCGACACAUUUUCAUUGUUGAUCCCGAUCAGUUCCAGAUUAAAUUUCUGUGCACGCAUUAGAACA